AUGGCUGGGUCCUGUUUGUACAAGGGAGUGAUGCACUUCAGAUGUGCCCGUGGAUACAAUCUUGUAGGUGCUGCAAACAUCAGAUGCCAGGCUGACGGUACAUGGAGUGGCAGUGUCCCUACAUGUGAAGCUGUACAAUGCCCGGAGCUGAAGCCUCCAAUCCAUGGUAAUAUGGACGGGUCCUUUUCGUACAAGGCAGCAGUUCACUUCAAUUGUGACCGUGGGUACAAUCUUGUAGGUGCUGCAACCAUCACAUGCCAGGCUGACGCUGUACAAUGCACGGAGCCGAGGCCUCCAAUCCAUGGUUAUAUGGACGGCUCCCGUAACUACCAGGGUGUGAUGCACUUCAGCUGUGACCGUGGAUACAAUCUUGUAGGUGCUGCAACCAUCAGAUGCCAGGCUGACGCCGUACAAUGCACAGAGCCGAGGCCUCCAAUUAAUGGUUAUAUGGACGGCUCCCGUAACUACCAUGGAAUGAUGCGCUUCAGAUGUGACCGUGGGUACAAUCUUGUAGGUGCUGCAACCAUCACAUGCCAGGCUGACGCUGUACAAUGCACGGAGCUGAGACCUCCAGUCUAUGGUUAUAUGGACGGCUCCCGUAACUACCAGGGUGUGAUGAACUUCAGAUGUGCCCACGGAUACAAUCUUGUAGGUGCUAAAACCAUCACAUGCCAGGCUGACGGUACAUGGAGUGACAGUGUCCCUACAUGUAAAGCUGCAGGAUGCAAGAAAGUUGAGCCCCCAGUCAAUGGCCAGAUGAAAAAGAGAAGAAACAAAGGAAACAAUUACUUAGAGUUCCGCUGUAACCAAGGCUACAGGCUUGUAGGUGAAAAAUACAUCGUUUGCCAGCCAGACGGUACAUGGAGCGACAGUGUUCCCAAAUGCAAAGCUAUAUGCAGGGGCGACUACCAACUACUCGCUGAAACCUGCAUCCGGAUUUCUUUUCACCGAAGCCAGUACAGUGAAGCCGAGGGAGCC